AUGUGCAUAGAAUUUUUUUUUUUAUUUUGGAAUAUUGCGGGAAAAAUUGUUUAAUUUUUUUUUUUAAUUCUCGUAUCUAAAGAAUGUCUUGGGACAAAAAAAAAAAAUUUCGCAUCUUUUCCAAAUGAUAUUUUUUUUAGGAAGUACUCGAGUGUCUUGUGCUUUUUGAACAAGUAAACUUUCCGGUUAGAACGACACGACAACACAAAGGAGAUAUAUACUUUCAUUUUGUGUCUGUUGGGAACAACUUUGACAAGGAAAGCAACCAAGGAGGAAAAUAAAAAACAAAAAAAAGAAAAAAAGUGGGGGGAUAAAAAAAAUAAAAGAAGAGUAAAAGGCGCGCAAAUUUACUAUACAUACUCUCCUUCUUCUAUAUAUUUAUAUACUAAGGAUUUUAACGACAAUAUUUUCUUCACUGAGAGUUAAGAGCAACCAAGUUUCGUUUCUUCAGUCAGGAAUUUUUUCAUUUAAAGUGACAAAUUUUGAGAAAGAGAUUGAUAUGGCAAUGAUUUUCGGCUUAGCCAUGAAACACUGGGACAUUCUACUCACGUUUUGGAAAGAUAGUCGGUGAUAUAAUUUUUUUUUUUUUUUUUUUUAAAUAAACAAUUACAUAAGCAAUAUAUAUUGUUUUAAGGAAAAAAAACGAAACAAAAGGAAAGGGAAUCAACAAGCAACGAUUUUACGAUUCCUAAUUUUUUUUUUUUUUUUUUUUUUAUCAUCUUGUCUCUCUUGUGAAGAAACGUGGGCGUCUCAAUAUACAAACGACAAAUUUUUUUUUUCUUCUCAACUUUUCCGCUUUUCUCUCUCUCUCUCUCUUUCUCUUUCUCUCUGACGCAAUUGCAGGAUCAAGUAUUUUUCAAAAAGAGUUCAUCGUAUUCUUUUUCCUUGCGCGCACAAAAAUCUUAUUGUCUUCGCAUAAUAAUAAUAAAAAAAAAAAGAUUUUUAAAUAGAAAAAAAAUUUUUUUUUUGAAAAUGCAUCGCGAUCGGGUUAAUUUUAUCAAUGCUUCUACCGGCUUCCGGUUAUUCUUCCUAUUGGCUGGAUUUCUAACCGAGAUCGACGCUUUCGUUGUGGCCCUACCGGAUCCUGCCUAUUAUCAUCAACAAAAAAUUUACAAGGAACCACUAAUAAGAAGACCCUAUUUCAAUCGAGAGGAAAUAGAAGAAAAAAGCAUGCAGAAUGAACGUUUUGAAACAAUACGACACGAAGUCACAGACUGUAUGUAUGUAACGAGCGAGGCUGGUUUCUUUAUUUAUAAUUCAACUUCAGAUGACGAAUCACCUUGUGGAUUAUAUUUCAUGGCAGAACCAGAUCGUAUAGUGGAAGUCAUUUUCACACAUUUUGAUGUGCCAUGUGAAGGCAAUGGAUUGGCGUCGUUUGUCGAUGGUUGGGAAUUGAAUGGGGAAUUCUUCCCAAGCCCAGGGGAUCAUCAAUUGCCUUUAGAGCAGAGAUUGAGUGAAUUUUGUGGUCCGAGGGUAAACAAAAUUUUCACAAGCUCACAGAAUGCAGCCCUUAUUCAGUACCGAAUACCCAUCAAAGGGAAGGGCUUUACUGUUUUCGUUAAACAUCGCCUAAAUCCUGCUCCUUGCAAUGUGUUAGCGAAUGAGACUAAGGCCCCAUUUAUGUUACACAAUUAUCGAAGACGAAGUAAUUGUACCCUCACUGCACUUUAUCCAUGUGCCGUACGCCUGAUUGCUUUUAACGUUGGCAAGAAGAAUUUAUUUACUGAUACUAGUAUCAUGCAAAAGUGUGAAAGCAAUGAUAAAAUUCAAAUUGGUGGAAGUAAUUCUCUAGACACAAAUAAUUUAAAACCUCUUCAUACAGUUUGUGGUAGAAAUUUAAAACCAAGUGGCGAGAUACUAGUGGGAUAUGGAAUAACGUCAGUGAGGUUAAUAUCUAGCGGACGUUAUGAUAACUUCGUGAAGGUAAUGAUCCGUAAAGCUGAGGAAAACGACAUUCUCGAUGUUAAUCUUCCCUAUGGUCUAUGAAGUUUCGCGUUAAAUG